ACACAGAAAAAAUUGAGGAAAAUCUCAGUAUAAACUUGAAAUUUCAUCACCCUGCUCCGUCUUCUUCUUCGUGAUUCAGUUCUUUUGUUGCCUUUUGCUUCUGAAAAAUUUCACUCUGCUUUCAGGGGUUGUUUCUGGGUUGAUCGCACUUCUGAUUUGUUGAGAUAAACAUGCCGAGGAACGCAAUUUCUGACGAUGAAGAUGAUCAUGAGCUUGAGGAUGAGGACGGAGAGCCAGUUCAUGGAGAUCCUGUGGAACACGGUGACGAUGAUGAUGAAGAAGAUGAUGAUGACGUUGGGAAUGAGUAUGAGAAUGAUGGGUUCAUAGUGGGAGAUGAAGAUGAGGAAGAAGAACAAGAGGAGGAUGAAGAAAGGCAAGAUAGCGAUGAGGAAAAGCAGAAAAAGAAGAAGAGGCGAAGAAAAAAGGACGAAGAUCUUGAUGAAGAUGAUUAUCUGCUUCUCCAAGAUAACAACGUCAAAUUCCAAAAGAAGAAGUAUAAGCGGUUGAAAAAAGCUCAAAGGGAAAGGGAAAAUGGCCAGGGGGGAUCAUCUGAUGAUGAGUUUGCUGGAAGUGGUGGAGCUAGAAGAAGUGCUGAGGAUAAAAUCAAAGACGGGCUGUUUGAUGAUGAUGUUGAUGAUCUACCUGAUGAUGUAGGCGAUGAGGAAGAUUUAGUUGUGGAAGAAGAUGUAGUUGGGAGUGACGACGACAUGGCAGAUUUUAUUGUAGAUGAAGAUGAAGGGCAAGGUCUCCCUAAGAGGGGGCACUCAAAGAAAAAUAAAUUUAGGCAGGGAUCAGAUAUGAAUGCUAUGCGAGAUGCUAAUGAAAUAUUUGGUGAUGUUGAUGAACUUUUGACUAUUCGCAAAAAGGGUUUGGCAUCUAGUGAAAGGAUGGAAAGAAGGCUCGAAGAUGAGUUUGAACCAACUGUUCUCUCUGAGAAGUACAUGACGGGGCAAGAUGAUGAAAUCCGCCAGCUUGAUAUCCCCGAGAGAAUGCAGAUAUCUGAAGAAAGCACUGGAAGCCCUCCCGUAGAUGAAAUUAGCAUUGAGGAAGAGAGUAAUUGGAUAUAUGCCCAACUUACUUCUCUACUUAAAGAAUCUGAUGGACAAGGUUUUCAUAGUUUUGAAGAGAGGGGUUUCUCGGUUAACAAGGAUGACAUUGCAAAAUUUUUGGAGCUACAUCAUGUGCAGAAAUUAGAGAUACCGUUUAUAGCUAUGUAUCGAAAGGAGCAAUGCCGGAGCUUGUUGGACACUGCUGAUGUUGAUAGCGCCAAUCAAGAUAAGAAACCUGAGACUAAGUGGCAUAAGGUCUUCUGGAUGAUUCAGGACUUGGAUAAAAAAUGGCUCCUUCUUCGAAAAAGGAAAAUGGCGCUGCAUGGAUACUAUACAAAACGUUACGAAGAAGAGUCUAGGAGGGUCUAUGAUGAAACUAGGCUUAAUCUAAAUCAGUAUCUUUUUGAAUCAGUCAUUAAGUCUCUUAAAGUUGCAGAAACAGAAAGAGAAGUUGAUGAUGUAGAUUCGAAGUUCAACUUGCAUUUUCCUGCUGGUGAAAUUGGUGUUGAUGAAGGGCAAUACAAGAGACCGAAAAGAAAAUCACAAUAUAGCAUCUGCAGCAAAGCGGGCCUCUGGGAGGUUGCCAACAAAUUUGGGUAUAGUGCUGAGCAAUUGGGACUUGCAUUGUCCCUGGAAAAAUUGGUUGAUGAACUUGAGGACGCAAAGGAAACACCAGAGGAGAUGGCAAUGAACUUUGUGUGUGCAAUGUUUGAAGACCCUCAAGCUGUUCUGAAGGGUGCACGGCAUAUGGCUGCAGUUGAGAUAAGUUGCGAGCCAUCUGUCAAAAAGUAUGUCCGUGGCAUUUAUAUGGAGAAUGCAGUAGUCUCAACAAGUCCAACAGCAGAUGGAAAUACAGUAAUAGAUUCAUUCCAUCAGUUUUCUGGGAUAAAGUGGUUACGUGAAAAGCCAUUGAGCAAGUUUGAGGGUGCACAAUGGCUUCUCAUUCAAAAGGCAGAAGAGGAGAAACUUCUUCAAGUAACCUUCAAGCUGCCUGAGAAUCACAUGAAUAGGCUAAUUAGCGACUGCAAUGAACAUUAUCUAAGUGUUGGUGUUAGUAAGUAUGCUCAACUCUGGAAUGAGCAAAGAAAGUUGAUUCUGGAGGAUGCACUUCAUACUUUUCUUUUGCCAUCGAUGGAGAAAGAAGCAAGAUCCUUGUUGACUAGCAGAGCAAAGAGUCGGUUGCUUUCAGAGUAUGGACAGGCUUUGUGGAAAAAGGUUUCCGCGGGGCCAUAUCAAAAGAAAGAAAUGGACAUUAGCUCAGAUGAGGAGGCUGCACCUAGGGUCAUGGCAUGUUGUUGGGGACCUGGAAAGCCACCAAAUACGUUUGUGAUGCUGGAUUCAUCGGGAGAGGUGCUUGAUGUGCUCUAUGCUGGAUCCCUCACAAUACGAAAUCAAAAUGUCAACGACCAGCAACGUAAAAAGAAUGACCAAGAUCGUGUUUUAAAGUUUAUGAUGGACCACCAACCGCAUGUUGUGGCUUUAGGAGCUGUCAAUUUGUCUUGUACUCGUCUGAAAGAUGAUAUUUAUGAGGUCAUAUUCCAGAUGGUGGAGGAAAAGCCUAGAGAUGUUGGACAUGGAAUGGAUGAUUUAAGCAUUGUUUAUGUAGAUGAAUCGCUUCCUAGACUAUAUGAAAAUUCUCGAAUCUCGGGUGAACAGCUACCUCAGCAGUCAGGGAUCGUGAAACGUGCGGUUGCUCUUGGACGCUAUCUCCAAAAUCCACUAGCAAUGGCUGCUACUUUAUGCGGUCCAGGUAGGGAAAUUUUGUCUUGGAAGCUUCAUCCCUUAGAGCAUUUUCUUCAGGCAGACGAGAAGUAUGGAAUGGUUGAGCAGGUUAUGGUUGACAUAACAAACCAGGUUGGAAUCGACAUUAAUUUGGCAGCUAGCCAUGAGUGGUUUUUUUCCCCUUUACAGUUCAUUUCUGGACUUGGGCCUAGGAAAGCUGCAUCAUUGCAGAGGUCGCUUGUAAGAGCUGGUUCAAUAUUUGUUCGCAAGGACCUGAUAAUGCAUGGGCUUGGUAAAAAGGUUUUUGUAAAUGCAGCCGGUUUUUUGCGCAUUCGCAGGAGUGGACUGGCUGCUAGUAGCAGUCAGUUUAUUGACUUAUUGGAUGACACCCGAAUACAUCCCGAGUCAUAUAGUCUUGCCCAAGAAUUAGCUAAAGAUAUUUAUGAUCAAGAUGUCAGAGGUGACUCAAAUGAUGAUGAGGAUGCAAUAGAGAUGGCAAUAGAGCAUGUGAGAGAUCGUCCAGGCUCUUUGAGAAAAGUGGUCCUUGAUGAGUAUCUUGCCAGCAAGAAAAGGGAGAAUAAGAAGGAAACCUAUAGUAAUAUCAUGAGAGAAUUAAGCUGUGGUUUCCAGGAUUGGCGGAUACCGUUUAAAGACCCAAGUCCAGAUGAAGAAUUUUAUAUGAUUUCAGGUGAAACUGAAGACACCAUAGCUGAGGGAAGAAUUGUGCAGGCUAGUGUUCGGAGAUUACAGGGUGGAAGAGCCAUAUGUGUAUUAGAUUCUGGGUUAACUGGGAUGCUUACGAAGGAAGAUUUCUCAGAUGAUGGGAGAGAUAUUGUUGAGUUAUCGGACCGACUGAAAGAAGGCGAUAUCCUGACAUGCAAGAUCAAAUCGAUUCAAAAGGAGAGGUAUCAGGUGUUCCUUGUUUGCAAAGAAAGUGAAAUGAGAAACAACAGACACCAGCAUAACCAGAAUGUGGAUGCCUAUUAUCAUGAGGAUAGAAACAGUCUCCAGCUUGUAAAAGAGAAAGCUCGAAAGGAAAAAGAGCUAGUGAGAAAGCAUUUUAAGUCUCGGAUGAUUGUCCAUCCUCGCUUUCAGAAUAUCACUGCGGACCAAGCAACAGAGUAUUUGUCUGACAAAGACUUUGGAGAAAGCAUUGUUCGUCCAAGUGCUCGAGGACUCAAUUAUUUAACUUUGACGCUCAAGAUUUAUAAUGGAGUUUACGCUCACAAAGAGAUAGUUGAAGGUGGGAAAGAAAACAAGGACAUCACUAGCCUACAGUGUAUUGGGAAAACCCUUAAAAUUGGAGAGGACACCUUCGAAGAUCUAGAUGAGGUGAUGGAUCGAUAUGUUGAUCCUUUGGUAUCUCAUCUUAAGACAAUGCUCAACUAUCGGAAAUUCCGAAAGGGGACCAAAUCAGAAGUUGAUGAUCUUCUUAAGAUCGAGAAGGGCGAAAAUCCUUCAAGAAUAGUUUACUGCUUCGGGAUUUCUCAUGAACAUCCAGGCACCUUUAUACUAUCUUAUAUAAGGAGUACAAAUCCACAUCAUGAGUAUAUAGGCCUAUAUCCUAAGGGAUUUAAGUUCAGGAAAAGGAUGUUUGAGGACAUUGAUAGGCUUGUGGCAUACUUCCAGAGGCAUAUUGAUGACCCAUUGCAGGAGUCAGUGCCAUCAAUCCGGUCUGUUGCUGCCAUGGUACCGAUGAGAAGCCCAGCUGACCGUGGCUCAUCUGGGGGAAGUGGUUGGGGUAGUUCUCAGAAUGAAGGAGGCUGGAAAGGAAACUCAGAUCGCUCAGGCUCAGGGAGGGGUGGUGAUUACAGAAAUGGUGGUGGACGUGAUGGCCAUCCAAGUGGAGCGCCAAGGCCAUUUGGUGGUCGCGGUCGUGGUCGAGGCAGAGGACGAAGAGAUGAUAUGAACGGUGAUAGACAAGAUGGAAAUGGAGAUUGGGGUAAUAAUGAUACUGGAACUGGAGAUGGAGGUUGGGGAAGUAGUGGUGGUGGCGGUGGCGGUUGGGGAAGCGAGUCUGCUGGUAAAAAGAGCGGUGGUGCAGGUGGCUGGGGUAAUGAGUCUGGUGGUGGCAGUACUGGUGGUUGGGGAAGCGAGCCUGCUGACAAAAAGAGUGAUGGUGCGGGCGGCUGGGGUAGUGGAUCCGGUGGUGGCGGAGGUUGGGGAAAUGAUUCUGGCGGUAAAAAGAGCAGUGAGGAUGGUGGUUGGGGAAAUGGUUCUGGCGGAAACGCAUCUGGUGGUAAAAAGAGCAGUGCAGAUGGCGGUUGGGGAAACGAGUCUGGUGCUAAAAAGAGCGACGGAGAUGGCGGUUGGGGGAAUGAACCCAGCAGUCGAAAGAGCGAUGGCGGCGGCGGUGGUGGUGGAUGGUGAGGAACACAACCGCAGCUUCAACAAUGUUUGGUUGGGUAAUUAAAAAUUGCAAAGGCUAAGACAAAGACAUAAAACACAUUAGUAGUUAAAUCUGCUUUGUUCUUAAUCUUUUCUUUUUGUCUUAACUUGAUGGUAUUAGUAUCGGUUAUGUAUUGUCCGACUUUUUUUUACUUUCCUGUUUCCAAGAAACUCUUUCAAGCGAUGCUUACAUUAACAUCGAUGAAGUAAAAAAAAAAGGUUCGAGA